UACUUAGUUUCAUUUUUAUUAACAAUAACUUUAGUAAUAUAUGCAUGGAAAUUGUUGGUUUGGGCAUGGUUUAGGCCAAGGAAACUAGAAAAGUGCCUAAGAAAACAAGGUCUCAAAGGGAAUUCUUACAAAUUAAUAAUUGGAGAUCUCAAAGAGUUGGCCAAAAGCUUUGAAGAUGCUAAGUCCAAGCCAUUGAAUGUCUUUGAUGAUGACAUAUCUCCUAGAAUUGUUCCUUAUUUUGUUGAUACAAUCAAGAAACAUGGUAAAAAUUGUUUUAUAUGGAUUGGGCCAAAGCCUAUGGUAUUAGUAAGGGAGGCUGAGGUAAUAAGAGAUGUGUUUAACAAAUAUGUUCUCUACCAAAAGAUUAAAUCAACUCCCAUCACCAAGUUGUUAGCACAAGGACUUGCAAGCUAUGAAGAGGAUAAAUGGGCAAUGCAUAGAAAAAUCCUCAAUCCUGCUUUCCAUAUGGAGAAGAUUAAGGUAUUUUCAAGAUAUAGUUUUAUUAAUACUUCCUUCGUCGCAAUAUAUGUGAUACACUUUUUUUUUAGUCUGUUCCAAUAA